GUGAAAGAAAACGUGUUUAGGAUCGAGAUUGUCAUUGACGCCCAAAAUCCUGGCGCCACCCCAUUAUCGUCCCCUCCCAUUCCUCCCAAACCAAUCUCCUUCAUUUGGCCGCGCCCUAGAAGCGCACGUCCCCCGCCUUUCUGCAGCGGAACCGGCGAUCCGCCUCUCUAUAUAAGACCGGGGCGUCGCGUGUAGCCCUCCACAACCUCCAGGAUGAAUUUCUCUUCGGAUUCCCACUAUUUGGCCUCUUCCUACAGGAAGAUAUUCGGGGAGCCGCCCCGCUACUCCUCCCGUCUUGGCAGUUCGGCCACAGCCAGCAGUUACCGGUCUCAGUCGGUAUCCCGCUGUAGCAACCGCGCCGUCUCGUAUCGCUUGGCGCAGGCAGACAACUUGGAUCUCAGCCAGGCAACGGCGCUGAAUGACGAAUUUCGGCUGACCCGCACCAAUGAGAAGGAGCAGCUGCAGGGACUCAACGACCGCUUCGCCGGCUACAUCGAGAAAGUGAGGCAGCUGGAGCAGCACAAUCGCCUCCUGGAGACCGAGCUGAGCGCACUGCGGCAGCGUCACGCCGAACCCAGCGGCCUGGCCGAGCUCUUCCAAAACGAGCUCCGCGAGUUGAGGGCCCAACUGGACGAGACGGAGGCCGCCCGGGCACAGGGGGCGCUCGAAAGGGAGCGGCUGGCCGAGGAAGUGCAGCUCUUACGGGCGCACUGCGAGGAGGAGGCGCGAGCCAAGGCGGAGGCUGAGCAGGCGUUGCGCGCGCAGCAGCGGGAGGUGGAUGGCGCCACCUUGGCGCGCAUGGCUCUGGAGAAGAAGGUGGAGGGGCUGCUCGACGAGCUGGCCUUCCUGCGCAAGGUCCACGCCGAGGAGGUGGCCGAGCUGAGCGUCUCCUUGCAGCCAACCCAGCUGGCUGCCAUCGAGCCGGACGCCACCAAGGCCGAUCUGACUGCGGCGCUGAAGGAGCUACGCUCGCAGUACGAAGCGUUGGCCGCCAAGAACCUGCAGGCGGCCGACGAGUGGUACCGCGCCAAGUUCGCCAACCUCAGCGAGCAGGCGGCGCGCAACAACGAGGCCAUCCGAGCCAGCCGCGAGGAGAUCGGCGAGUACCGCCGCCAGCUGCAAGCCCGCACUUUAGAGGUGGAGAGCCUGCGCGGAGCCAACGAAUCCCUGGAGCGGCAGCUAAAUGAGAUGGAGGAGCGGCAUAACGCCGAAGCGCUCGGCUUGCAGGAUACCAUUAGCCAGUUGGAAAGCGAUUUGAGAGACACAAAGAGUGAAAUGGCUCGGCAUCUGAGAGAAUACCAAGAUUUACUGAAUGUCAAAAUGGCCUUGGAUAUAGAGAUAGCAGCAUACAGGAAGCUGUUGGAGGGUGAGGAGACACGUUUUAGUACUUCAAGCAUGAACAUCUCAUCUCUGAAUCCCCUUUCCAAUCCUACUUACUCUUUCCAACCCAGGCUCUAUAGUUCAUCUGUAGCCAGCAGCUCCAAAAUGUCAUCCUCUUUCUAUUUUAAGAAAGAUGAGAAAGAGGAAGCUAAAUUAACCUCAAAAAUUUCAUCAAGCCAGGUAGGAGACCCCUUUGCUGAAAUGAUAGAGGAAACCAUAGCAGCUACUAAAAAACCUGAAAGAACAAACUUGGAAGAAGGAAACACUGUCAAUCAAAAAAUGUAAUCACUGACCUUAAAUACAGAUACAUGCAAGGCAUAAUAAUAUAGCGUAAGUCUUUAAAUUGCCUAUACCUGAAUUAAGGUACCCAACUCACAUCCAUUUAACUUUCUAAUGUUUCACAGUAAAUUAUUUCAAUAGGAGUAUUAUGUUCAAUACUAUCAGAAAUACAGAGGCUCAAAGAUCAAUUUAGAAAUACUGUAGUAAAUCUUGUUUGCCAAUUGCAUUGCUGUAAGGCAGACAUGUCUCCCAAUUGCUGAAUUAAAGAGAAAAUAAGCAUGUGCUAACACACACACACACACACACACACACACACACACUUGUACUCUUAUUAAAUCAUGUUUCUGAUUUAUUUCUGCUGAGCACAACUUUCAAGUUGGGAAAAAUCUAGCAACUAAAUCACAUUAGUGAAAUGAAGAUUAAUCCUUAUUGUCUGCCUCAUAAAAUAAAGAAACUGACAGAUAAUUCAAUUAUGUAAUUUCCAGAUAAUGAACUUUAUUCCAUUUUAGUCCUUCUGGACCACAGAGAUGUAAAAAAUACAAAUAUUUAUUUUACUUUGUGGUCUAUGCACGUUACAAAGAAAUACAAAAUUAUCUAGGAAUGUUAGGUAGAAAAUAUGAACAAGGUUUAGGAAAAUGAACACCCCAUGAUAAACUUGCUGUAUCACUGCAUAAAGAAAUCCUAUUAGCACAUUGUCAAGAGACACAUAAUACAUUUUUUGAUAUCUAAAGUUACUCACAAUAUGCCCAUCUUAAAAAAAAUCUACAUGCUGUAGACAAGGGGUGUCAAACUCAUUGUCAUAUGAUGUAUCACGACCUUUUCCCCCUUCGCUAAAAUGAGGGGGGGUGGCCAGUGCAUGACACAUCUGGCCUACAGGCCAUGAGUUUGACACCCCUGCUGUAGUCAAAUAAUUAGGAGUCUUAGGAUCCUGGUUAACUGUUAGUUGAAUGCACGUUUUUGACCAUCUCUGUGAUUAUCUAAAAAGUCACUGCACUGUCCAUUUUACCUUGUGCCAUAUUAGUAGCCAGCAAUUUUAAAAGUUGUUGUUGCUUAGAAUUAAUAGUGCCAGCUAUUAAAAAAUGAAAAGAAACACAUGUUUUAGAGGUUAGCUUUAUAUAAAACAAAGCUAAAAGAAUGUUUUCCUGUAUUGUCUAGAAGCACAGUACUAAUGCUGAUUCAAAAGUAGUGAUUGCUACUGCUUCUAUAAGGCACAAUCUGCAACCUAAAACAGGGAUGUAUGUGUUGGUUCAUAAUUAGAAAAUGAAUGUAGAUUUAUGCCAGCUGCUUAUUUCUGUAUUAUGGAAAACAAUAUGGCUUCUAUGUAAGUUAUUGAGAUAUGGUUUCUUAAAUAAGAGAGGGACUUUUCCUAAAUGUAUUUUCUUACACACAUUCAUUAUUGCACAAAUAAAAUGCACUAGUGAAUUUUAGUGGUUCUUCUAAUUUUGCUCUGAUUGGUUAAGGUGAAUGUAAUUGUUCAGCCUUGCCAAUCACAACUGAAAAUCAUAUACAUGAGCAACACACACAAAAACAAUUGAUUUUUUUAAAAAUAAACAAAUGGUGCUGAAAUCUGAUAAAAUAAAAAUUCUUACAUUUCCAACAAGUAGCAGAUUCAGCCCAUGUUUCUGCAGCAAAUGACACAAGAAUAAUCUUGGUUGGAAGAGAUCAACAUAAAAUUUCCUUUAAUAAUUUGGGAAUUCUGAUAAAUCAGAUUCCCAAGUCCUAUCAGAAUUUAACUUCACUAUGUAUCUCUGUCUGAACAUGUGCCAACUUUUAUAUAGAACACACUAUUUUAGAUUUUAUUUGAAUGCCUUAAAGAUUGCCAGCAACUAAAUUGCUUUCUGCAGAAAUUCAAGACUGUAUUAUUCGAUGUCUUUGCACUGAUUCAUCCUGUCACAAAGUUUCAUAAUACAAAUCCAUGUCCUAUCUUGUGUCCCUUGAACUAAUACACUUUUCUUCUCUGUAAGGCACAAAUUAAUAAUAAAAAAAAUGUUGUACCACUUUA